GAAAUAAAGGAAUCUAUACAGAGUGACAAAUCAGUUAGACCGAGGAAUCGAGAAUGGAAAACUAGAUAUACGUGUACAAUGAGUAAAAGACGCCACGAUAAUGAAGACACACGUGUAUCUAAGUUUAAAAAACAUAACUCCCAAACUCCGGUAUCGGUGCCGGCGGACCAGAUUGGCGUGUGGAGGUUUGGUGAGGACGAGUGUUUUACUUCUGUCAAAAAGAAAUGGAGUGUCUCGCAUUGCAUAACAUAUCUCAUAAAUAAGUUAGAAGAAGCUGACGAUUGUGACUGUUCCGACCUUGACCUUUGGGUCAAAAAUAGAUGUAUCAUGUUGGACAAAGACGAUUCCCUGUCCGACUACCCCGGCCUGACUAAACUGUACAUAGUCCAAAGACCGGAAUCAAGAGAUGCGCCGACUAAGUACCAAACAACAGAUGAUGACGUCAUAGAUCCGUACAGUGACGAUAUGUGCGUCCUCAUGACGUGCGGUCACGCCACAUCUCCAGAUAAUCUGUAUGCAUAUGCUUGGAAUCAGAUUAAUAAUGGCGCCAUUGAGGUCAGGUGCCCUGCCAUACCGGAUGACCACCGACCGACUGAUCAGUGCGCAAGUCUGUGGACGUUUAAAGCUAUCUGCGCACGCGCAUGCCUGUCGAAUGACGAAAUCAACCUUUUCCUAUCGAAAUUAUUUUCGAAUUGGUUAGAGAGACACAAAAAUGUCUACCUGUGUCCGAGUUGUGAUGAGGCUCAGGACGAUAGCUGUGGUAGAAGUGUAGUAAAAUGUCGUUAUUGUGGACACUCCUUCUGUGUCCGAUGUCUAAGAUUUGUGGACGAAAACGAGAAAACAUGUACUAGUUCGGAAUGUAAACAAAGUAUACCAAAAAUUCGAAGUCUUCUUCGUAAUUGUUCCAUGCGGACCCUUGUUGGUGUUCCGAACUGUCCUUCCGUUCGCGCAUGCCCAGUGUGCCAAUGUGUCAUUGAAUACGACGAGAUUGACAGUUGUAAACACAUGACCUGUCCACGAAACACGUGUCAGACAAAAUUCUGUUUUAUUUGUCUAAAGGUAAAGACGGACAAGUAUUACUGGCCGUGUGGGGGCGCUUACGAGAAGUGCGUUCCCGCAGGAAGACAAAUGAUCUGAGGGUCACGUGAUCAAAUCUUAGUAUUUCUAUCUUACCUUAUUUACAAAUAUUUACCCACCUGAUUAGAACAUUGUGUUCAAACAGUGGUGAAAAAAAAUCAAAUUAACCAAGUGAUCUACCUGUUAACUGUGAUCAAUUGAUAUCCCGAUUUCUAGUAAUGUUCCGGAUCCAGUUGCAUUUGACCGAUUUGAAUUACUCUUUAUAAAAGAUCCUGGUUCAAUUUAUUAUAUCCAGCGUCUUUGCUUAGAUGUGUGUAAGUCGUUUAUGCUUCUCUGGGAACUAACACACACCUACUGAACUAAAACACCCCUGCUGAACUAAAGCACACCUGAACUCGGGUGUUUCCGCUAAUCAAGAGAGUCGAGUAGAGAUUGUUACAACGCGUCUUCUAUUUUUGGCUCUGUAACUGCUUUCUAAAUUAGACGAAUGUGGGAUCGGUAUACGUCAGAAAAUCAUUUGUCAAGUCGGACACGAAACAAGGAUAUCAUAACCGACAAAUCAUUUGUCAAGUCAUGUAAAUUUGUUAAAUCAUGUAAUUGAUGAGGAACUUUAUUAUUCUGUUUAUUUACCAGUUAAAUCUCUUAAUGUAGUAUCUGUUGUGUCUAAUUAUGUUAUCAUACUUAUGUUUGUGUCACUAAUAGCUCGCACGAGCUAAUGUUCUUUGUUUCUAUGCGACGUUAAAUAAAGUUUCAUGUACCUUG